UGUCCCUUUCACUCGUUCUCACCUUACUUUCCACUGUGAGAAUUUGCUCGCAGCACCGGGAGCUGCUUUUCUGCACAGAAAGCCUCAACGGUGGGAAUAAAUGAAUAAGCACCCGAAGGUGGAAGAGAAAAGAAAGGGUUUUUUACAAAAACAAAAAACCCUCCCAACAUUUCCAAAAUACCUUCCCGUUGCAAUGCAUCACUGCAGUCAAUUGCUACAUUUUUGGGAUGAUUAGGGGGAAGGACUUCCCGGGUCAGGGGGAAGUGGCUUCCGGGCAGCUUUGAGCCCCGGCACCUUUUUUUUUUUUUUUUUUUUUUAAUUUGGAAAUUAUCCGCUGGCAGAAGCUCAAGGGAAAUAGCCUGCGGCAUCCUUGGGCAAAGUUGCAUUACCAGGAUUCCUUAUUUGAAACCAUGGUCGCGAAUCUUACUGGGAUUGGUGUUUAGUGCACGCUGCUGGGCAGAACUUAAUUUCAGCCAGGGCUCGACAAAGGUAUAGUUCUUCCCUUUGGAGCUGCUCCAUCAGCUGUAACGCCGUAGGUGAAGGGCUUGGGUUAAAGAAUCUGGUUGCUUCCAGUUUUAGAUCAGAGAUCUCUUCCUGAUAAAGACUUCUCUGCAACCUGCAAACUGGCUGGGAAAGGGAAGGAGGAAGCAAAUUGAGGAAGGGUCUAACUAGUCUGACAUGGUAAAUACGUGCUAGUUUAAAAAGUCCACUGUUUUGGACGGAAGAUAAAUUGGGAGAAGGACCUUGUCAGAGUUGUUAACAUUAAGGGAAAGGGGGGGGGAUCUUGAGGCAGAAGCGAUCAGAAAUAUUGUUCAGGAGUUCUGUUCAGGAUUUUUUUUUUUUUUUUAAUCUUCCUCCUAAUAAUCAAUGGGCGGAGCAGAUAACACUCCUCCCAGAUCGCAGCUUCAGUCCGGCUCUUAGACAAAUACAACCUGCGUUACUUUUCGGGGACUAAACUUAAUUGAACGCAGCCAACCUUGGUCCUCAAUACUAUACACAGGCUUAGAUGUAAAAUAAAUGGAAUUAAAGGCUGGUGGUCCAGGAGGGGAGUGAUAAAACAUCUUUUUGAAUGCCAAAUUAAUUUAUUUUGUAUUUAAAAAGCACAGGCUGUAUCUAGUGCCUACAUAAAUAUAAGCCAUAGAUAUAAGUAUUGUUUCAGUAGGGCUUAUACUUAAGCAAGGGCAUCUAGGGUUAUGGUUUUAUUACAUCAGCGGAAGAUACAUGUUUAUUACCCAAAUUUAUAUACUGCUCCAUCCCAAGGCACUCUUUCUCAAACACACACACUCCUACUCCAUUCCACCCCAAGGAUAAUCCUAGUAUCUUUUGUAUCUAAUUGUUUUAAAUCUAGAUCAGGGCAGGGCAGUUUGGCCUCUGUAAAUUUUAUUUAUCUAAUUUUGAGGGAAGUUACUUAAGAAAAUAUUCCAGAAAAAGGCAAUGUUGAACCAUAUCUGUACUGUUGCCAAGAAAACUUUGAUGGAUGUAACACAUUUCCAUAGAAUCAGUUCUGUCCAAAGAGACCUUUAUCUUAAAUUGUUUUAUCAUUGCAAUCUAAACCUUCCUUGAGGCAAGUCAUUUGACUCCACUUAUUUGAGUCAUCUGGACAGUCUGAUAACAAUGAUCUUUUGCACAGUAAGUAUAGCCCACCACAUUUUAGCCUGCUUUGUGAAAUCAACCACUGUGGUCAGUCUAAUAUUUGUACCCGGAAAAUUGGAUUGGGUUCAUUAUGGUUCAGUUAACCAUGGCUUGUACAUGAAUGUAAUGUUUUAAUGUUAUAUUCAGAUAAACAUCACUCUUAAAAGCUUUUAAUAGCAAAUAUGUUUCAGUGAAAGUAAAACUUCUUCUGAACAGACAUUUCAAAUAUUCAUGACAGCCUAAAAUCAAAUAGUUAUGUUUUUCCUAUUUCCCUACUGAGAAGCGUUCCAGUAGAUAAUUUCAACCCUUUUUCUCUUUCUAGGAACAUUAUAUUCUGUUGGUGUUAUUUAUAUUGUUCCUGAGCACAUUCUUAUUUCAGGAUCAGUCUGACCCAUUUAGCCUAUGCUUAUACAUUUUUUAAAAAAUUGAGGUGUUAAGAUUCUGUGGCUAUAGAAUGGUGCAUCAUAUAAAAAUGAUGUGCAUGUAUUUAUAAAGAAGUUUAUUGGGCAGACCUCUGGAAAAAGAAGGAGCCAGGCAGUCUGGAUAGCUGAUGGCUUGCUUUUGUGAAGUUAAUGCUCUGUUAUGGGGUGGGCUUUUGUUUGCAAGCACACCAAUGGCCUGCAUACUAACAGUUCCCCACUGUUUGUGGGAAAUCUAAAAUGGGUUGAGAGACCACAUGGGUGCAAUGAAGCCUAGUGAGUUGCACAACUCUGUUAAUCUGAGCAUGCUCUGAGAUGGGGGAGGGAUUCCUGAAUAACAGGUUCAAGAAAGUGAGGACUGCAAAGGCUGGAGUCAACUAAGUCUUUGAGGAGGGGUCUUAAACGGUUUUUUUAAAAAACUGACAUCAAGUAAAGCAUUUGGAGUGGGCAAGCAAGCACAUGCGGGACUGAAUCUGCAGUUUUUGGUUGGCAAGGCUGGAUCAGUAGAAGACUCAAAACUAUCUGAGAUCCAAACCAUUCAAGGAAUUUCUCCACUUGAUAGCCUCUCUAGUUGGCAGACCAGUUAUUGAAAGCUUCAGCAAAAGCCUACUUAAACUCCAAAUCCAAAUAAAGAAUGAGGAGAAAAAUAGCAGCAAAGCGAAAUAUGGUGGCCCAGUACUUCCAAUGUCAGACACAAUUUGAACAACGAGUGCAACCAUUGGUGAAAAUGGAAAAAGAACCAGACCCAGCAGGCUCUGAUCCAUUAGGAAUGUCAGAAGGCUCAGUAAAAACAUAUCGUAUUGUACCGGUAGGAACAGGAGGAGGAAGUCUCCGGCUAAUAACACCACAGCAAACCAGGAAUGAACGACUAGAGGCACCCCAACGCUGGGAAAUCCAAGGGCAGGAAUUGCCAACUCCAGAACUUACCCCAGUUCAAUCACCUGCAUGGAGGAAUCUGCAAGUACCAGAACUUACCUUAACAGAAGACAUUGAGACCUACUUGACUACUUUUGAGGAUGUGGCUGAAGCCUGCAAAUGGCCACGGGAACAGUGGGUGACCCGGUUGGUGCCAGCCCUCAAUGGAGCUGCCCUCCAGGCCUACAACAGCUUGGAUCCCAGAGAAAGUGGGGAUUAUGGGAAAGUAAAAGCUGCAAUCUUACGAGAAGAUGCUGUCAGUCUGGAGAGGCAAAGGCAGCAUUUCAGGCAUUUGCGUUACCAGGAGGCCGAAGGGCCCCGUGACGUCUGUUCUCGGCUGCGGGGGCUCUGCUAUCGCUGGCUGGAGCCAGAGAGCCGCACCAAGGAACAGAUUGUAGAGCUAUUGAUCCUAGAGCAGUUUCUGACUAUCUUGCCCGAGGAAAUGCAAGAGUGGGUUCAGGAAUAUCAUCCAAAGACCUGCAUUCAGGCAGUAACCUUGGCAGAACAUUUUCUUCUGAAGCAGCAAGACAAUGAGAGAUGGGAUCAACAGGUGCUAGGGCCGUAUAUGCUUGAGGAGUCUGUGAAUUUACCAGAAAGUGAGCAAGUAGUCUCAGAUAUCCAGCAGGUGCUGUGCAGAGAAAAUAAGGAAGAGCUGAAUGAGCAUGCCUCCUCAGUAGCAGGUGAUGAAAUACAGACUAAAAAUGAGGAAGAGUAUCUGUUACAGGAAAGUUCAAAAAGACAGAGAAAUCGCCUUCUUCCCAAUUUGCAAGUGGCUCCCUUUGCUCACCAGACACCCAACAGUCAGCUAGCUUUGAAAAAACAGCCCUUGCACAAGCAAGAAGCGCUUUUCCCUUGCCCCGAAUGUGGGAAGAACUUCUCACGUAAAUCUACCCUCACCAGACACCGGAGAGUACAUACAGGGGUCAAGCCCCAUCAGUGCACUGAAUGUGGGAAAAGAUUCUUGCACAAAUUCAACCUGGUGAACCACAUGAGGACCCACGUGCGAGAAGAAUCAAACCGUUGUUCAUUGUGUGGGAAAAAUGCAAAGCGGAAUUCAGGGCAAGGGAGCCUAGAGCGAAAGGCUGGGUGUUGUGAAUGCACAGGCAGUUCAGAACUACAGUACAGUGUGGAGCAGACGACGCAAGAUGCAGGCGAAUCCUUUAACUGACUUGAAUCCUAGGAAGAAAAAGAGUAUAGCUGACUUGAAUGUGCAAAGAAGUUUUUAGGAAAUAACUUUAAAUCAGGGAAAUGUUCCGUGCCCAAGAUUCUUCUAGAAGCCAGAACCACUUUCUGGUGACAAGGCAGUUACCAUAAAUAUUGAUAGAAGAAAAAAUGCCUUCAGUAGCUCAGUUCACCUAUUGAAUGUUUUGUUAUUUGUUAAUUACUAAAAUCAUCCAGGGGAAGGGAAGGGAGAAGAGCAGCAAAGUUGUAACCUUCAUUGGUAAUAGAAAUAUUUUCUUAUUGAUAUCACAGUCAGAAGAAGAAAGCUAGACAAUCACACAGCCAAAGCUAGUGGAAAUUCAGCCCUAUCCCUCCCCAGAAAUCCCCAGAAAUCAAAAUGUGAUUGACCAUAGAAAUGUGCAAAAUGCUUCAAGGUCAGUACACUUUGAUAUCUGAGUAUACUGAAAGCUGUCUGAUCUUUAAAUGAGUUUCAAGAUUGGACCCCCUCUUGUAUUCUUAGAAGAGAUGCUCUCACGCCAGAAUGGAACAUUUCAAGGAUGGAAUGGUUUGACCUCAAAAUGUUUUGCACACUCAAUUGAAGGGCAUAUAUUUAAAUAAACUGCUCAGAUUGUUGAGGCUCUGCAACUGGAUACAGAAUUUCUUUCGUAAAUAUCAAUUUUGCAAACGUCCUAAACAAUAAAAAAUAAAUCUCGCUUUCAGGUUAAUCAGUCGUGUUCUUAAGUGCAAAAAUGUCUUUAUUUGCUCAUGCAUAAAAAUCAUAUGGAUGUAUCCAGUCAUAUAUUAGCUAAUUAAUGAUUUAUGAAAUUUUUACAAAUUUGGGCAAAUUUCUAGGUAAUACGUAAUGGAAUGUCACCUUAAAGGCCUUCAAUCCAGUGCCUCUUUUGUGGAGAUCUUGAAAAUUCUGUAUUUGAAACUGUGAGAGAGGUGUGGAUUGUUCUGUUGAUCUGUCAAUUUUGUGUGUGUACCUUUUUUUUUUUUUAACAGUGCCUCAAUAAGGGAUGGUAAAAUUCACAAUAUUUGUGGUUCAUUGGAACUUUUUUAUUAGAAUUUUCUCUCCUAGGAUGUUUGUUUUCCUGAAAAUAGAAUUGCUUUCCAAAAAACCUCACCAGAGUCGAGAUAAAAUCUAGAGAAUGACCUGGUUUAGAAAUGCAAGGAAUUUGAUUUAACUCAUCUGAAUUACAUCUCUUGGAGAAGUUGGCCUCAUUUCCAAGGAAAUUUGCAGUUUGUGUUUGUCAGACAAUAGUUCUCAUUAGCACAUGACAAACUUUUGAAAUGGUGACUUUAAAUACUGAUUUGGCUAAGAAUUGAGGAAUCUUGUGUUUUGAAGAUGGGGCAAAAAUUAAAUUGAGUGUACUGUAAGUAGUGGUUUUCUAAUUUCAUCUUCUGGCUGUUUGUAAAUUCCUGUCAAGCACAUCGUAAGUAUUUCAGGGUCUUCUAACACUACCAAUUUUAAUCCCUCUAACACUGUUGAUAUACCAAAACUGCAUGUUUGGAAUUUUGCAAUGGUUAUAGCUGCACAUGUAAAUGUUAGUUUUUUUAAGAGAAAAAAAAAUGUUUUUGUAAUUUUUUUAUUAAAGCUUUAUUUUUUUCUAGUUUGCACAUUAAAAGAAGUUUAAUGUAA